AUGUAUGAUUCAGAAUGCUGGAGAGAACUAAUCUUGCUCCGGAAAUGAUCUCCGAGGAAGAACUGAAACUUGAACCAUUCAUACAUCAGGUUGGAGGGCACAGUCCUUUGUUUUGUCUGGAUCCUGUAACAGUAUGUAAACCCUUCGAGCAGAGAGAGUUCAACUUCUACUCUACUCUACCUCAAAACCUUCUACCCUUCACACCAACUUUCAAGGGUUCUAUGAUAGUUGAGAUUAGUGAGGAUGAGGAAGGAUAUAUAACUCUGAAAGGAUAUCCUCCGAACUCCUACCGGAGAAGAUGCUCCAGACCCUACUCGGAAACUAAACCAAAGAUGAGGUUGAAACGAUGCUUGAGUAUAGAGAUUGAGACGGAGAACCCUAGUGAUCAAUAUUUCGAGGAUGAGCAGGUUAAGGGAGAGAAGAACUAUAAUCCCUGGGCCCUCAAGUGUCAUAGGGACAAUCUCAAGAGAAUAGGAAUAAAUCUAAACAAGAACGAAUUGUGUUCUCCUUCUCUUCCUCUAACUAGAACAGGUUUCACUGCUCCUACCCAACAAGAAUUUAUCCUUCUAGAAAACCUGACUUAUAAAUACAAGUAUCCAUGUGUACUAGAUUUGAAGAUUGGAACCCGACAGUAUGGAGACGAAGCAUCUGACCGGAAGAAGGAAUCUAAAAACGCCAAGGUGGCUGGAACCACAAGUGGGGCCCUUGGUCUUAGAUUGGGAGGGAUGCAGGUUUAUCAAGCGAACCUUGGUCGAUUCCUCUGUCGUACCAAGAACUAUGGAAGAGGCUUAACUGUCGAUGGACUCAAGAUGUCAUUAAGGCAGUUCUUUUGUAACGGUCUAGUCAUGCGGAUGGAUGUUAUUCAAACUCUUAUUAGGAAACUUAGUGAAUUGAAAGAAGUUUUGGAGAGAUUAGAAACCUUCAGGUUCUACACAAGCUCUAUUCUAGUCACUUACGAUGGGAGCAUUAAUCAGACAGGUUCCCAUGUCAGAUGUUGUGAGGAUGUUGAACCACAAACUAGGAAUAGUCUGAGUACUGGCAGUCUUCUCCAGCUCUCAGGUAGAUGUGGAGCCGGUCUGACCGGAAACCCUGCUGGUAAAUCAAUGUCCUAUGACGAUCUCAGUCUGUGUUAUCAUUACUCGACCAUCAGACCCUCCUCAGGGCUAGGGUCGAGGAAGAAAUCUCUGUCUUUUGAUAAUGUCUCUAGCUUGAGUAGUUCUCCUGAGGGCAGAUGGGGAGGCGGAGGCUGGAGCGGCGGACGAUGGGUUGGCGGAAGUCAACCUAUUAACAUCAAUCUUAGUAACCACGUGGAUGUCAAGCUAAUAGACUUUGCUCAUUCAACCCACCGAGGUCUCAGGGAUUCUACUGUACACGAGGGCCCUGAUAAGGGGUUUCUGUUUGGGUUAGAGAACUUCAUCAAAACCCUUGAAGAACUCCAGGGAAAAGCUUUGUUCUCAGUUACGGUGUAAUGCUCGUCUCUGUCCUCGACUUAAUCAUCUUAUUCUAUCCUACACCUGUACCGGGACCACUUUAUUCUAUCCUAAACCUGAACCUGGACCACUUUAUUCUAUCCUGAACCUGAACCUAGACUACUUCAUCCUAUCGUGGACCUGGAACUGAAUCAGUUUAUUCUAAUCUGAACCUGAACCUGAACCACUUUAUUCUAUCCUAAAUCUGAACCUGGACCACUUUAUUCUAUAUUGAACCUGAUCCUGGACCACUCUAUUCUAUCCUGAACCUGGAUCCCUUUAUUUUAUCCUGAACCUGAACCUGGACCACUCUAUUCUAUCCUGAACCUGGAUCCCUUUAUUCUAUCCUGAACCUGAACCUGGACCACUCUAUUCUAUCCUGAACCUGGAUCCCUUUAUUCUAUCCUGAACCUGAACCUGGACCACUCUAUUCUAUCUGGCUUUGAUUUUAGACCACCUUGUUCUAUCUGGACUGUGGUUUCUAAUUUUCCAUCUUCCAUUUAGUAAAUAUUAUUUUGUUACAUAAACCCGGUUAUUUCACUACAGUGUACUAUGUAUACUUGCAGUGUUAAAUUUACUUAUGUACAUGAAUCUUUAUUGUUAUAACAAUCUGUUUAUUUGCAACUCAAACAAAGUUUAGAAGCAAAUUUCAAAAAUGAAUUAAUAUCAUAAAAAGAACAAUUAAAUUGUUAGCAUUGGAUAAAAUUAAGAUUCCAUUGUAACCUAAACUAAGUGCAAUCUAAUUCUUAUUUUUCAUUUGCUGGCAUUGACAUGUAAAGAAAUCAAUCAAUGUGUUUAAUUUAUUUUCUUCUGCCUCGUAGUUUUUGUUUCCCUCGUAUUACAUUCACCAAAGUUAUGUAUACUAAACUUAAAACGUACCCCUUUAGUUAAAUUUACAAUAAUAAUAUUUUCAGA